AUGUUAGGGCAUAUAUUAAGUUGUUUUCUAUGUGUGUUUUCUAUAGUGAGCGCGUUAUCAGUGCAUGGAUUGAAGACUUUAGUAAUCUAUGAUUCUAAGAUUACUAACUUAGAAGACUAUUCUGCAUUCUUUGAAGGUCUAAAGAAAAGGCAAUUCAUCACCGACGUUGUUUCAGUUUCUGAUGCUGAUACUGAUCAUGUGGCACUAUACGAUGGGGAAACAAGGCUUUAUGAUAAUUUAAUUUUGUUUCCAAUUAAAGGUCGCAUUAUCAACAGCAAGAUUUCCACGCAGUCACUGCUUCAAUUCUUUUCCGAGGGGGGGGACAUUUUAGCGAUCACAUCGCCAAGAGGAUUAACUACCCCAGUACGUGUAUUUUUGAAUCAAUUAGGCAUAUAUCCUAGCCCAAAAGAUUACCAAUUGGUGGAUUACUUUCAAAGUGGCACGGCUGAUGUUAUAACUGUUUCAACUAGAGAGGUCAAAAAUUCAUACGUAUACAGUUCUGAAGCGCCAGUUAACCUAGUAUAUAGUGGUUCUUCAGCUCUUUUGGGAAAUAGUGAACUUAUAGUCCCUAUUUUGCCAGCCCCCAGAACAUCUUUUGCGAGGGGCAAACGGGAAGACGAUUGGACUAUAGGUUCGCAAGGAUACAUGAUGGCUGCUGUUCAGAAUUUGAACAACGCCAGAGCUACAUGGGCUGGGAGUGAUGCCUUUUUUAGUAAUGCUAACUCUCCAAUAAAUAGUCAGUUCAUUGAGGAAUUGAUUAAGUGGACUUUCAGGGAAAAGGGCGUUAUAAAAAGCGUUGGCUUUACCCAUAACCAUAUUGACGGUUCAACCUGGGAAGAAGUUCCGUAUAAAAUCAGAGAUCCUAUUGUGUAUGAAAUUGGCUUCUCAGAAUGGAAGGGUGAUCAAUGGGUUCCUUACAUAGCAAACGACGUUCAAUUUGAACUAAGAAUGAUCGACCCAUAUUAUCGCUUAACUUUAAAUGCUUCACGUUCCACCAAGGAAGUACAAUAUUACUCUACUGGCGAGUUUAAAUUGCCCGAUCACCAUGGUGUAUUCUCAUUUGUCACUGAUUAUAAAAGGACUGGUAUUUCUUAUAUAUAUGAGAAAGAUGUCAAGGCAGUACGCCACUUGGCAAAUGAUGAAUACCCUAGAAGUUAUGAGAUUACAAAUGCUUGGGUUAACAUUGGUUCAAUUUUCUGUGUUAUUGCUUGGUAUGUUAUUUUUGUCUUCUUAUACAUCAACAUUCCCGGCAAUGCGAUAAAGAUUACAGAAAAGACUACAGAAAAGAUCGCAGAAAAGAAUUGA